AUGGGCUCAAGCAGUCAAAUCAAAGAAUUUUUCAAAAAUCAAACUGUUUUUUUAACGGGCGGUUCGGGGUUCUUGGGCAAAAUUUUGAUCGAAAAAUUACUACGGGAAUGUGAAGACAUAAAAAAAAUUUACGUCCUGAUACGUCCCAAAAAGGAGAAAACCCCAGAGCAACGAUUUCAAGAUCUUUUCAGCUAUCCGUGUUUCGACUUGCUGAAAUCGAAACAUAUAAAUCCUUUGCAAAAAGUUUCCUUGGUUCAUGGCGACUGUAAUGAGCCUUUUUUGGGGCUGACUGAGCAAGAUGUUGCCAUUUUAUUAAAAGAAACAACAUGCGUCAUCCAUGCUGCAGCUAAUGUUAAAUUUGAUCAACCUCUUAAAGAAGCCGCUUAUUAUGUUAGAGCAACAAGAGAUUUGCUAGAAUUAGCGAAGAAAAUGCUAAAUUUAAGAGUUUUUGUUUUUGUUUCGACUGCGUUUUCCAACUGUGUUCACUCUCAUAUCACAGAACAAUUCUAUGAGCCACCAAUGAAACCGGAAAAGUUGUUGCAGCUAGUGGAUAUUCUCGACGAUGACACUUUGCAGGCUAUUACUCCUCAGUUCCUAAACACAUGGCCAAACACCUAUGUUUACACUAAAAGUAUCUCAGAAAAUCUUAUCAAAACAAUAGGUGCAGAUUUGCCAAUAACUAUUGUGCGUCCGGCUAUUGUCAUCAGCACCAUAGCCGAACCCAUGCCGGGAUGGAUCGACAAUUUUUAUGGAGUGGUUGGGAUCAGUGCGGGUGCCGCCUUGGGUGUCAUCAGAUCCAUGAACGCCAACCCAAACUCUCGGGCACAGUUGGUACCGGUGGAUUAUGUAUCCAAUUGUGUUUUGGCUGCCGCUUGGAAAAGAGAGAAUUCCGUCACAACAACAAUUUACAAUUUUGUUGGGCACGAAAACAAUCAAAUCACAUGGGGACAAUAUAUGAAAGUUAUAGAGCAACAGGGUUGGAAAGUUCCAUCCGAGAAAGUCUUGUGGUACUUUUGGUUUAAGGUUAGGAAAAACAGGCUUUGGCAUAAAUUUUGUGUUUUCUUUCUACACACAGUGACAGCAUAUAUGGUAGAUUUUGUUCUUUUGUGUCUAAGAAGACCUACACUGGCGGUAGAGAAAUAUCGACGACUGAAUACCACACUGGAUCUGCUUGCUUAUUUUGGCAUGAAAAGUUGGAAAUUUGAUGAUCGUAAUGUUAUGGAGUUGUGGAAUGAUAUGAACGAUGCAGACAAAAUACAGUUUUGUUUCAAUAUGGAAAAUAUUGAUUUUAUAGAUUAUGGGUAUCAUCUUGUAAGGGGUGCGAGAAGUUACUUAUUCAACGAAUCGCUAGACACCAUUCCAAAAGCGGAAAGAAGACUAAGGGUUUUAUGUGUCGCGCAUUAUACUCUCCUAGGAGUAUUUUGAAUGAUUUUGGAAAAGCCCUCCGCUCAGCUACAAGUGCUAAUUAGAACAAAAUGUAACGAAAACAUUGAGACUAGAAAUC